AUGAAAAAUUAUUCCAACAAACAAUUACUACAGCCAUGCGAAUGUUAGAUAAUGUGAUUGAUUUAAAUUAUUAUCCUACUGCCGAGACCAAAAACUCCAACUUGAAACACCGACCAGUUGGUUUAGGAAUGAUGGAAAAAGAGCGCGGAGAGAAAAUCGAAGUGGAAAGAAAAGAAAGAAUGGACUGGAAUGAACUUCGCCGGCAAGUUCGCCAAAAUGGAAUGCGAAAUUCCAAUACUAUGGCGAUUGCUCCCACCGCAACCAUUUCUAAUAUCGCUGGUUGCUAUCCCUGUAUCGAAGCCAUGUAUAGUAACCUUUAUGUUAAGAGCAAUAUUGCGGGGGAAUUCGAAACUUUAGAAUGGUUAAAGUAUUACAAUGGCAGUAUUCAAAGUAUUCCUUAUAUUUCCCAAGAAUUAAAAACAAAAUAUAAAGGAGUAUUUGAAUUAGACCCCGAAUGA